AUGGCGUUUACGGUGCUGAAUGAGUGCUUCAUCUUCUCCUGUGUCCUCAAGUCCAUUCUCGGCGGUGGCUGCGGAAAGAACGGCUCGACGGUCGCUGGCACCUCAAUUCUCUCACCAAUCAUUCCGAUUCUCCUGGUGUUCUCCUUUACGCUGAUCAUCUACUCAAAGUCGACCACCGUUUUUGUCGACCACGUAGCGCUGUACUUAGUCGCUUUUGGCUUUGUAUCUGCCAAGAUAACUAAUAAGUUGGUGGUUGCACACAUGAGCAAAAGUGAAAUGACAAAGAUGGACACCAUCUUCAUUGGUCCGCUCAUGUUGUUCUUCAACCAGUACUUUAACUUUUAUUUUGACGAGUACCUCAUGUUGUGGCUGGCAUUUAAUUGUUAA